CUCCACCCGCGCUUUCCAGGGCUCCAAGGAGCCGCCGUGGCCCAGCGUGGGCCAGUACCUGCGGGCAGAGAUCGCCCGGACGGUCCCCACGAUGGCGGGGGGCCAGGAGGAUGCCCGGCGGCUGCAGCUGGCCGUGCUCGCCGCCUGCCUCAAGCUGGAGUGCUGCAUCAGCGGGACCCACAGCAUGGACCUGGUGGGCCUGGAGCCCUUCGGGGAGUACGUGUCGCUGCCCGGCCUGGACUGCACCUUCCCAGGUGGCUACAGCAGCUUGGCCGAGCGCCUGCUCUCGGACCUGCCCGAGGGCACCGUCCUGCUCAACAAGGCAGUGAGGAGCAUCCAGUGGCAAGGGUCCUUCCGUGAGGAAGGGGACGGUGCCAGGGUUUUCCCCGUCCGGGUGGAGUGCGAGGAUGGAGAUGUCUUCCUUGCUGACCACGUCAUCAUCACUGUCCCGCUAGGUUUCCUCAAGGAGCACUACCAGGAAUUCUUCCAGCCUCCCCUUCCCGAGCGGAAAGCACAGGCCAUUCGCAACCUGGGAUUCGGCACCAACAACAAGAUCUUCCUGGAGUUCGAGCAGCCUUUCUGGGAGCCCGAGCAGCAGCUCCUGGAAGUGGUGUGGGAGGACGAUUCGCCCCUGGAGGAGCCCAGCACUGACCUGGAAGCCAACUGGUUCAAGAAGCUCAUCGGAUUCGUGGUGCUCCAGCCGCCAGAGCAGCACGGGCACGUCCUGUGCGGCUUCAUCGCGGGGAAGGAGUCGGAGCACAUGGAGACGCUGAGCGACGCCGAGGUGCUCAGCGCCAUGACCCGCGUCCUGCGCACGAUGACAGGUGCCUGGGCCGCGCUCCCCGCCCGCCCACUGCCCCGGGGCACUUCCCGAU